AUUAGUGAAGCUCACAAAAUGAAAGUUUAACAUGUGGAUAAAUACACGUAAAUUCAGUCCCACAGUUACAAAUCGGCCAAGUGUGGCACUCGCGGACUAUGAUAUUUCGGAUAGAAGAUCUUCUGCAAUGUCUUCACUUCUAUUACUAUUUGCUCUAUUCGAGGGCAUGUGUGGUUUUGUUUUACCGAUAUGCUCUGCCUUUCGUGUGUCCAGUAUAUCACAAAAACGAUAUUACUAUGAAAAUUUUUUAAUAUUUCAAUAUUGUUUAUCCAUUCUGGCAUUGGCUUAUCUACAAUCAUUAAUAUUCUAUUAUGAUCGUAAAGAGAACUUACGUCAUAAACAAGAAAUUGUAUUUAUGAAUCAAAUAAAUGAAGCUAGACGAAGAUGGCCAAAUCAUCAUAGUUCACCAGAAGAAACUGAAAAUAAUCUUAUAAAUAACCAUCAUACUACUACUAAUACUACUAUUACUACUACUACUAAUAAUAAUAAUAACAUAAAUAAUUAUGGAGAAAGUCAAUGGAAUUUACAAUUACAAAAAAAUGAAGAUAAAUUACGUUUGGUUACAUUUAUUCAUGAUACACAUGAAUUAUCUACCGAUAGUCAUAGUGAUUCGACACCGAUUCAUAUGGAUUCUACAAAUAUGAAGUAUUUGGAAGAUCGAACACGUUUCAUUGAUCAAUAUGAUGAUAAUAUUAGUUCAAAUGAAGACGAAGAAAAUCCAUUCGAAGAAAACCAUAAAUUAUCAAACAAUAAGUCGAAUCAAAAUGAACAAAAGUCUCCAACUUUAAAUGUUAAAUUUGCUAGCUCUGUCACACCUCUGACUAAACAGAAUGACAAUGUCAAUAACAACGGGAAUAUUCACAAUAAUAUUAAUGAUAUUGAAAGCAAUAAUAAUAUUGAAGGAGAAGAAGGGGAAGAAAAUAAAAUUAUUAUUGAUUCUAUUAAUGUUAAUAAUCAUGAAAUUAAAACAAAUAAUAAUAAUCGACGGAAUAAAAUGAAUCUACAACUUAGCAGAAUAAACAUUUCCAAUGAUAAUAAUAGUCCUAGUAAUGAUGAAUGCAAUCAUACCAUUGGUGGUGAAAAUAAUCAUAGUAAUACUACUACUACUACUACUACUAAUAAUAAUAAUAAUAAUAAUAAUAAUAGUAACAAUACUGAUAUUAAUGAUUUACAAAUUAUGAGAGCAGAUGAUGUUUAUUUUACUUUAAACAAAGUUAAACUAUGCAACAGUUUUAAUCAUCAUGCCUCUGGCAUAAAGGAUAGUAGUGAUGUUAGUCAAAGUGGAUAUAACUCGACAAGGAGGCCAAAUGACAAAAAUAAUUGUUUGGCUGUAAAAGCAAAAAAUGUGAACACAUUUAAAUCGAAGAAAAAGCGAAUGACAUCAUGUUGCGGUGAACGGUCAAGCAGUCCGGCACAACCUGGGUCAUUUUAUCCAUUAGCAAUUCUUUUCGGUGAUAAACCAAGAGUAUCUAGACGUGAAUGUUAUUUUUCACGAGACACAGAAGGCGUUAAUUUGUAUUUGCGUUUAGGAGCUGUGGGUUUUGGUUUCGGAGUAAUGAUAUUCGAUGGCUUUAAAAUAGCAGAACCAUGGGAGGAAGGAGCUAAUUCAGUGUUUUCAUGUCAUGGGCAUUUAUGGAUUCCGUUACAUUUACUUCAUUUUGUCUACGUGUUUUGGCAAACAUACUUCUUAUUUAAACAUCAUCGGGUUGUAUUCAAUGUACAAAAAUUUGUUUUACGUUUUCUUUUAUGUCAUUUGGCUGUGGCUAAUUUAUGUCAAUGGUUAAAAACAAUUGUCGAUGAAAUUGGUAGUGAACCAGGACAUGAUGAAGAGUUAAUAUCGGAUUCGACUAUAGUUUUUCCAUCGGAAUAUUUUUUAGACGCAAAAAUACCACAUAAUAAUACAACUUUGUAUGGAUAUACAAAUGGAGAAAAGUUAUCAACUUUUAAUUUGACUAAUUUAGCAAAUAUGGUUUUAUUAAAUAGAAAAAAACAUCAUGCUAAUGUAAAAUCUCACCAUACAAGUUAUGAUAACUCAACUAUUCAUGCAGCUGAACAAGCAGUGUUAGGUUGUGGAAUAACAGUCAAAUAUUUGGCUCCAUAUUUGUUUCCAUGUGCAAUUGAAUAUAGCUUAAUAGCUGGUGCAAUAUUUUAUAAAAUGUUUGAAAAAGUUGGACAUGUACGUAAAGAAUCGGAACGCUUAGAAAAAUUGCGUAAAGCUAAUCCCAAAACAAGUCAAUUCUCUGAAUGUCAUCGUUCACAUAAAGGUUUAUUUGUUGGCCUAUUAAUAUUUAUGGCAACAUUAGUUGCAAUGAGUCUAUUUUUUAUAUUUAUUGUGAAACGUGAUCGACGGAAUACAGCUAUAACAUUAUAUCAAGGAACUGAACUAGUUCUAUUAUCUGUUAGUACUGUGACAUGUUUAAUUAGUUUGUUUCGUUUACAAGCACUGAAAUUAAGUGAUCUGUCCGAAGAAGUAGCGUUUGAUGAUAAUUUAUUAUUGAUUGGUUUGGUUGGGAUGUUAUUCUAUGAUUUAUUCCUAUUGGUGCCCGCUUUAGAAGCUAUACCGAAUGGUGUAAUUGCAGCCAAAUUAUAUGCGGCUAAGGCUAUCAUGGAAAUGAUUCAGUCUAUGCUACAAGUGUUUUUCAUUUUGGAAGCAUCUCGAAGAUGCGCUGGAACAUUAGAACAUGUACAAAAAAAACCAGGACGUACAAUGAUUACAUUUUUAUUAGUAUUAAAUUUAGCUAUGUGGUUUGUGAAUACAUUCGAAGUGAAACACGCAGAUAAUCAUAGUAUACAUAUAAAUUAUUAUUCAUCUAUGGCAUGGAAAAUUAUUACACAUAUAGCAUUACCUUUAAUUGUAUUUUUUCGUUUUCAUUCCACAGUUUGUUUAUCUGAUAUUUGGGCAAAUGCUUAUCGUUUUAGAACAGAGUAAAUGAAAUUGUGUUAUAUCUGUUUUUCGUUUUCUUCUUCUAUUCAUUAGUUAUUUGAAUUUUCUUCUAUCAAUCAGUUAUUCAUUUUCAAUGUGAUACAAUAUCGGAUAGAGAACUUACUUUUAUUGAUAGAAAUGAAUCAGGAUAUUACUGAAUAUAUAAUGAGCUUAUAUCGAUAGGAAAUGUGAUGAAAUGUAGUCUUAUGUAAAAACGAUUCUUUAUGUUAAACAGAUGUAAUGAUAUUUAGUAAAAUUAUGUUCUUUCUUUGUAAUAUCAUGUUUCAAAUUAUUUCCUUUAUUGUUCUAUAUAUUCUAUGUGCCAAUGAAAGCCACAUUCACGUUGAUGUUGUGUAUAUGAAAUCUUUUAAUAUAUA